UACAUGGGUGAAUGGACAUGAAUAAAGCAACACAAAAGUGGGAAAAAAGAUGAAUGAAUAAUUGGCCGUUUUUAAAUGCAUUCUAGCAUGGAUAUCAUUCAAACAGAGUAUUACAGGUCCCUGAUUCAAACAAGUGUGGCGGUUGGAUGCCUCGAUCCCAUGCAGUCGUAGCGUGUACGAAUCUGCAUGUAAAAAUACAUGGAUGAACACAAGUAGGCGUUCGUUUUGAGUAUAAUGUGUAUAGGAGUUCAGUGAAACACCAAGUAUUAUGAAAACGUUGAAUAAUAUCAUAGCAAAAUGUAAGUACUGAUUUUCAAUUUUUUAAGCUUAGUAGGCUACUCUCCUGCUAGAUACAACUGAUCCUGCGGUUACAAUGCAACGGUGGACAUUAAUAUUAUUGUAGGCGAAGCAGAAGCACAGUAGCAACAUGGUGGGAUUUCAGAGGAUUAGCGAAUCAGUGGUUAUACUUUCUAUUUUGUACAUCUUAUCCUGCAAGAGUGGGGUGGAGUCUUACAAUGUGGUCCUGUCUGCAAACUUUGGGGACGGCAGUCACUAUAUCGCCAUGAGGGCCAUUGGGGAAGGGCUAGCAAAGAGGGGUCAUAACGUGACUUUUCUAGUAGCUGAAGGCUUUCCACACCAAACCAGGCACCACGAGGACUCUGGACUGUUCCAUUUCGAACGAUUCCGCCUUCCAGGCCUCAAGGAAAACUUAGAGGAUGCUUAUGAUAGGUUAGGUUACCUGACCCUCGCAAAUCAGAAAAACAACGGUGAAAUAUUUAAAGUGAUGGAUACCUUUAAAACACUGAACAAGGAUGCAUGCAGUGCCAUGUUCAAAGACAACGCUCUUAUGGAACGCCUGGCAGCAUUCGAUGCUUUCGUGUUCAACAUCAUCUGGCCGUGUGCUGUUUAUGUCAAAUCCUACCUUGAGCUUCACAAGGACGUUGAGGACAUUCCUUUAGUGGCAUUAUCGAACACAGGUCUCAAUCCUUACAUCCUAUGGGAAGCAGCCUCACCGUUCUUCCCUUCAUUCCAGCCCUCACCGAUGAGCAAGCUAUCUCCAAAAAUGACCUUCUUCGAGCGACUCAGGAACACUCUCACCUAUUUGUCUUUCAUCUGCAGUUUUUGGAGAACAGUGCUCUCAGAACCCUUCAAUGAUUUGAUAGAUGAAUACGACUUGGAUCCAGAUCUUCGGGUUACAAUGAGCAAUCAUGUCGAUCUGUAUCUGAUCAACACUGAUUUCUCUAUUGACUUCCCCUUUGCAAUAAUGCCUAGUGUCAUCCCUGUUGGUGGACUCACAGCCAGACCCGCCAAAGCUCUGGACAAUGAUCUGGAGGAAUUUAUGGAAAGUUCAGGCGAUUAUGGCGUUGUUGUAUUCUCACUAGGAUCCUAUUUAUCGACUGUAACAACAACCCGACCUGAAAUGAUGAAGAUGUUUCUGAAUGCCUUCGAGAGAAUCCCACAAAAGGUCAUCAUCCAAUCGAAGAAAGGCCUUUCUCAUGACCUACCCCAAAAUGUCAAGCUAUUAAAAUGGUUGCCACUCAACGACCUACUCGGGCACCCUAAAACACGCCUUCUCGUCUACCACGGCGGUGCCAGUGGGCUCUUCGAAGCAGUGUACCAUGGCGUACCUCUCGUUGUAAUGCCUGUAGGUGGAGACCAGUGCGACUUUUCCGUCAAAGUCGUAUCCAAGGGAAUCGGUGUCCAACUGGACAAGGACAACCUCACAGCCGAGAUCAUCUACGAGCGGGUGACAGAAGUCCUAGGGCAACCUGCGUAUUCUGCAUCCAGCAUACGCAUUUCCGCCAUCUUGAAAAAUCGACCAAUGACAGCAGGCGACACGAGCGCAUUUUGGAUUGAACACGUGAUUAAACAUGGCGGCGAAUACCUAAGACCAUCUUCGUAUGAUAUGCCAUUCUACCAGCUAUACCUGAUCGAUGUGUUCUUGUUUCUGUUUGCAUUUAUAUUCAUUGUUAGUUGGCUUUCUUUCAGAUGCUUGAAGAAAUGCUUCCGAAAGAAAUCAUCAGUGAAACCUAAAAAGGAAUGAGCACUGCGUUAUCCACAGUUUGUAGAUGGAGGAUGAGGAGGGGGAGGG